GAUUCAUCUCGCAAGUUCUUCUCUGUCAAAAGUGCCGACGAAUGUUUUCGCGGCCCCGUGGCAGACAUAGUCGUAGCCUAGCCCUCAAACAGACCACAAGCCCCCUAGAAGCCCCUGAAGAGGAAAUUUUAUUAUGAUGGUGAUCCGCGAAGUUCAAACGACGAUCGUGCCCCGCAACUACACCCUGACAGACUCGCCGAGCCUGAGGCGUGCUCUGGAGCGCAACUACUCUUCUUACUCGAGCACCAAUAGUUCGUUGUUGAGCAGUCGAGUGUCCACGUCGCGCACCUCCACCUGCUCAACCUUCGAGAGACGCACGUACAAGCGCCGCACUUACAAUUACUGCGAACGCACGGCCGAGCGGUCCGGCUGUUAUUCGUACUCGAUCGACGGCUCGAGACGCCGGCCCGAAUGCUUCUCCUACCGCAACUACUACAGUAGACGCUUCCCCUGUACAAAUCUGUUCGUGCUUUAUUAAAUUAUUCUUCUGUUAAAAAUAAAAAUAAAUAAAUAAAUUGUCAGAUCUAAGAGAAGGGAAUGUGUGAAUAAAAUUAUUUAACUCAGUCAUCAGUAAGGAUUUCAAUGUGUUAUUUUUUUUUAGAAUGAAAGAAGGUAUGAAUAAAAUGGUCAAAUUUUAAAUCUGCCAAUUUGAAUAA